AUGGCAGCCUCUUCGGAGUCUCCUGUACCGUAUCAGACCCGCAUCCCUUUCUUCUCUAGAGAACGUAUUGUGCUUGAAGGCGUGAGUGGAAACUUAGGGUCGCCUACUGCCAUCAGUCCCUUCUGCCUGCCUUUUGGCGCAGACUUGGCCGUGCAACGACCGAAAGAAGAACUCCUCAAGGAGGAGAUCAAAAGCGAUAAUGAGGCUGACGAGGUAGUUGUGGCUGAAUCUAGCGCCGCACACAAAAGCAAGAAGAAGAACGCCAAAGCUCGCAAUGCACUACCGAAGAAGAUCUCAGCUGCGAAGGAUGAGGUGGACGCUAUUCUCGUUCGCAUGAAGGAAGCCAAGUACCUGGAGACGGACAUUGCCGAGCAUUUGUCCAAGCAUUACGAUGUCACCUACUCUCCGAAGACGAUCGGCACUCGGUACACUCGCCUGAAGAGGGCAGCCCAGGCAGCGUCUGACAAGCUCUUGGACGAGGAUCAGACUUGCUGGCAUGACGGUGAUGAUGAGGCACUGCAGGAGGCUAUCAAGCUUGGUUCUGAGAAGCUCGAGGCCGCAAAAAAGAAGCUCGACGAAACCAAAUGGCGCUUCAUCGCAGACAAGCUCAAGAUCCUGAAGCCCGUCACAAACUUCUCCGCCAGAGCUUGCGAGGAAAGAGCCAGAGCGCUGGCCGAAGGUACCGCGAAGCCCACUCUAGAAUCUAUCCCGGAUCCGGACGACACAAUCAUCGCGCGCAUUCAGAAACGUAGGGACAGGGAGGCUCAACUGGCGCAGGACGCACAAGUCGCUCCGACGAACAGAGCUGCAGAAAAGUCGUCGUCUGCUCCGGGUCUGGCUCAGGGCACUCCUGCUAUCGUGGCUCAGCAGCCUCAGGCACCACAGGAGAACCUGACUGCUGCUGUAGAGACUGGAAUCGUCGAGAAAACUCUUGCAUCCCGCAACGAGGACGUCGAGAUGGCUGUGGACAAUGCGGAAAUCUUAUGA